AUGGCGACUAAGCUUUCAGUGUCGGACCAGAUCCGACAGCUUGAUGAUGCACGAAAGUUGGUUUUGGGAGAUGUCAAAUAUUAUCCCAGUGUCGUCAAGGGAAUAUUGCCCAUCAUCGGACCAAGUGCGGCGCUUGAACUGCGAAGAUGGGGCGCCGAGUUUCUGGCUGAAGCUUUUUCGACGCCAGCUCUACCGAAUGGAGAAAAGGAGACAAUGCAACCUUAUGUUUUACCAACCUUGGAGUCUAUGCUCGAGAAUGAGCGUGAAGAUCCUCAAGUUCUACGAAGUGUGAUUCAAUGCGUUGCCAGUAUUUAUCCCUUGGCGAUGAGGUGGAUCAUCAACAACGGAUACGACACAAUCACUUGGGAAAGAAUGGUAGCUGUGAAACAAAAGGUUCUAAGGAUAUGGGACAAUGCUAGCCCUACCGUGAGAAUAUGCUGCAUCAAGUUCGCGCAACGUGUAGUUUUGGCACAGACAGCGGCGACGGGUUCUGAGCUACGAUAUGGUGGUACUCUAGAUGUCUCGCUGGAUAAAGUCCCCCGAAUCACCAGUCACUCGAUCCUCGGAACUUGGAGGCUGAAGCGUCCGGACUCCUGGACCGAAUGUUGGCAACACUGCAGGAGAGCAGACGCAACGCUGAACUGCAUGUCUAUCAUCGUGAGGACACGUCCAGGAACCUCGAACCGGGUCGUCAAUGCUCUUCUCAACUUUAACCCCCUCAAGCUCGCAAACUCUCCUUUAACCCCCAAGACCCGCGUCAUGAUUAGAUCGAUGGAGAAAACAACUCGAAUGUUGCUUAUCCAUCUUGUGAAGCGAGAUCCCAACAAUCCAAUGAUUCCUAGGAUACAGCAGCACGUAGAACGCAUGAUGCGUACCAUGGCAGAUAUCUUUGACGAUUCUGGACGGAAACGCCCCCUCGAGCCAGCACCGCAAGACGCCUACGAUGCCAAACGACAGCGAUUAUCUCCAGCACAUAUUCAAAUACCUCCGCUGGGCCCUGGCCCCCACAGCCUAGCAGAUGUUUUCACCCUCAUCGACAAUACUGCUCUCAAAAACUUCGACAUCUCGCAAGUUCCCGCUCCUUUAGUCGCCAGGAUCGCUGUCACCACGCUGUCGAGACUUGACCCCCAGGUACUAUCUAAAGCAGUCGAUGGUAUUCGUGGCCGUCUUGACGCCCUAGCCAAUGCUCCGGCUCCUGAGUUAAAUCCCAACACCGCCCCAUUGGGUGUAGAGGAAGACGAUGAUGACUAUGAGCCUGAUUUCUACCAGGCUGAGGACACAGAACAGAUUCUCAACAAGCUAGAUAGCUCACCCAUGCAUGAGGCACCAGUAUUGGAUGAUGGCCUUGCACUGAAGUCAUUCCAUCUUCAUCAACCUAGCGCUCUGACCCCGGAAACGGCAUUGACAGCAGGUAACGGAACAGUAACCCGGGUAAUCGAGAUGAUGAAGUCACUAGAAGAUCCGGCUAAGAAGAGCAAAGCUGGUUUCAGCAGAUUAGCAGCUAGUUCUGGUAAUCGGGAUUCUUGGAUGACAAUCCUGGCACGACUAGCAACGCGUUCUGUGGCCGGUCUCGAGGAAACGUCCAUCAAAGAGGAGGGUAGCUCAUCAGCACCCCAAUCUCUCAGCAACAACAUUCGCGACGUUUUAUAUUCCUAUGUGAUGGAGGAUUUCCGAAAGCACAUUGAUGUGGCGGUCUCAUGGCUCUGUGAAGAGUGGUACAACGACAAACUACAACAAAAAAAGGGCGGCGAUCGACCUUUGUACUACGAAAAGUGCUGCUUGCGGUUGAUUGAUGGGUUUUUGCCAUAUCUGCACCCUCAGGACAAAGUGUUGACACGGUUCCUGAGUGAAAUACCCGAGCUAAACAAGAGUCUCCUCUCGCGAGUGAAGCACAUGUGUCGCGACCCCAGCGUUGUUCAGCUGGCUUUGACAAGCCUUCUAUACCUGGUCAUGAUGCGGCCACCUGUUAAAGAGAUUGCACUGGAUACAGUACAAGAUAUCUGGACCGAAUUUGAGGAAUCAAGACCCAUGGCAGGCAAGUAUUUGACCAAGUAUCGGCCAACUUUCAUGGAGUCUGCACGAGAUGCUGCCGGUGAUUCUGGACAGUCUGCAUCGACUGCCAUUACCGCUUGA